AUGCCCUCAUGGAGCUGCCGCCUGGUCACCCUGCUGCACGGGCUGCUCGUCACCUGCCUCUCGGGGUACACCGCGCUCCUGGAGGGGCCCUGGCCUCUCACCCAUGCAGGUUCACCAAACACACCUCUUCAGAUCCACGUGCUGUGCCUGACCUUGGGUUACUUCAUUUUUGACCUGGGCUGGUGCCUGUAUUUCAAGACAGAGGGGUGCCUGAUGCUGCUCCAUCACAUGCUGAGCAUCUGUGGCAUGAUGGUGGUGCUGGGGCUGGGGAAGUCUGCUACAGAAGUCAAUGCUGUUGUGUUUGUGAGUGAAAUCACCAACCCACUGCUCCAGACUCGCUGGUUUCUGAGGGAAAUGGGAUGUUACCACACUGUGCUGGGAGAGGUAGUGGAUUUCCUCUUUGUCUUCCUCUUCCUGGUGCUGCGAAUUGGAGGAGGAGCUUUCAUCAUGCAGGCCAUGGUGACAUCCCCUGAACCCAUCUGGCUUCUCAAGGCUGGGGGCCUGGCCAUGUACAUUGUGUCUUUGGGGUUCAUGGCUAAAAUCUGCUGCUUUGUCAGGAGGAAAAUGUGGAAAAAAUACAAUUCCUGGGCAAGCCUGAGGAGUAUGAAUGCACCUGUGAAAACUAAUGGGCACUUGACAGCUCUUUGA